CAUUGUGUGGUGCACCUAAAUUGACAGAAAACAUGUACGUACACCAUUCAUGCCAUUAGUCUCAUGCGUGAACAAACUCUUACGGAAAAUUUCCUUCUUGGUAACUCUCCAACCAACCUUAGCCCUCAUAUUUUCCCCUUCUCCUUCAUGGUGCAUGCCCGUCGAUGGUGACCAUUGCGGUUGUAGAUGAUUAAAAGCAAUACAAGAUCUCUAUUAUAUAAGUGUGCAAUACCCUCUUGCACUUUUAAAGUGGGAUGAUGAUUAUUUAUGACGAGAUAUGCCAAUUAGAAUUAAUUUAUAUAAGAGGCAGCAUUGAUCAAACCGAAGAAAGCUACCUAUUUAGAAUAGUGCACCAUCAUUUUCAAUAGUGUUAAUUUGUUCUUUUCAAUGAUGGAGGAGCCUAGUAGUAGCAACAUGAAAUCCGAUUUCGUUGAGGUAAACAUGGAAGUGCACCAAGUUGUCUCACCACCCUACAUGAGCACCUUACAGAAGCUCAUGACCAAACUCAAGGAAACAUUUUUCCCUGAUGAUCCUCUACGCCAAUUCAAGGGUCAACCACUUAACAGAAGACUGAUCCUUGGAGCUCAAUACAUUUUCCCUAUUCUUCCAUGCCUUUCUAAUUAUAACUUUUCACUCUUCAAAUCUGACCUUAUUGCUGGUCUCACCCUUGCUAGCUUGGCCAUCCCUCAGGGAAUCAGUUAUGCAAAGCUUGCAAGUCUUCCUCCAAUUGUGGGAUUGUAUUCUAGUUUUGUUCCGCCACUUGUUUAUGUUGUUCUUGGAAGCUCAAGGGAUAUUGGACUGGGACCUGUUUCUGUUACUUCUCUUGUAUUGGGAUCCAUGCUCUCAGACGAAGUGUCUCCCUUAACAGAGCCACAUUUGUUUCUUCAGCUAGCGCUUACUUCAACGUUCUUUGCGGGUGUUUUUCAAGCUGCUCUUGGAUUUCUAAGGCUAGGAUUUAUCAUUGAUUUUCUUUCUAAGGCGACCCUUAUUGGGUUCAUGGCUGGAACUGGUGUAAUUGUGUCUUUUCAACAGCUAAAGAACAUACUUGGAAUCAUACAUUUCACUAAACAGACGGCUCUGGUUCCUGUUUUGCGCUCUAUUUUUCACAAUAGAGACGAGUGGUCAUGGCAAACAAUAGUUAUGGGGGUUUGCUUCUUGGUGUUGCUACUGCUAGCAAGACACAUCAGCAUGAGGAGGCCACGUCUUUUCUGGGUAUCAGCAGGAGCUCCACUUUUGUCUGUCAUUGUCUCUACCGUCCUGGUUUUUGGAAUCAAGGGUCAAAAUCAUGGCAUCAGUGUAAUUGGAAAAUUGGAAAAAGGAAUAAAUCCUGUUUCAGCAGAUAUGUUGGUCUUUAAGGGAAGUCAUCUUGGUCUAACCAUCAAAGUCGGGAUUAUCACUGGAAUUUUAUCCCUCACUGAAGCAAUUGCAGUGGGAAGGACAUUUGCAACUCUGAAAAACUACAAACUCGAUGGAAAUAAGGAAAUGAUUGCACUUGGGUGCAUGAAUAUGGUUGGCUCCACCACAUCCUGCUACGUCACAACAGGAGCUUUCUCUCGUUCAGCUGUCAAUCAUAACGCAGGUGGAAAAACAAUAAUGUCUAAUGUAGUGAUGUCUAUGGCUGUUAUGGUGACCCUCCUGUUUCUCAUGCCAUUAUUUCAUUACACACCUAAUGUUGUAUUGGGUGCAAUCAUCAUAACAGCAGUAAUUGGCCUCAUUGAUAUCCCUGCUGCUUGUGUCAUUUGGAAGAUAGACAAAUUCGACUUCGUUGUGAUGAUGGUUGCAUUCUUUGGUGUUAUUUUUUACUCAGUCCAGAUUGGCCUUGCUAUGGCAGUCUGCUUAUCAAUUUUGAGGGUGCUUAUGCAAGUUACAAGGCCUAAAACAGUAUUGUUAGGGAACAUCCCAGAGUCAAAUAUAUAUAGAGAUCUUCACCAUUAUGAGGAAGCUACAAGAGUUCCUGGUUUUCUUAUUUUAGGUAUAGAGGCUCCCAUCAAUUUUGCAAACAUCACAUAUCUCCAUGACAGGAUAUUGCGAUGGAUGGACGAAGAAGAAGAUACCAUGACAGGAAACUCACACCUUCGGUUUGUGGUUCUGGAAAUGUCAGCUGUGAGUUCGAUAGACACAAGCGGGGUCACACUUUUCAAGGAGUUGAAAGGAACAUUGAAAUUGAAGGGUAUUGAGCUUGUGAUGGUGAAUCCUCUAGCUGCGGUCUUUGAAAAGCUAAAAAGAGCGGAUGCAACUAAAGAUUUCAUUCAACCAGAUCACCUUUUCUUGACAGUUGGAGAAGCUGUAGCUUCACUUUCAUCAGCAAUGAAGGACCAAUCAUCAACCAGGGAAGAAGAGGAGCAUGGAAUUGUGACUGAGAGCUAAUAAUCAGAUAUUUAAAAUAGCAGAGAAAAACAAUAGAAGUGUAAAAUAAGAAGCAGCAUCAGCAGAAUAGAAGAGUAGACUUUGUAUUAAACUAACCAAUGUAAAUUCCUAUAGAUAGAAAGUUUGGUUCCACUAGGCAUCUCCUUGUACAUUUGAAAUGUUGUAUCAUAUGUGCCUCUACCUCCUAGACUUGCCUCAAACCACACACAAGCAAUUCUUAACCGUGACUUGAAUGGGAACAACUUGAUGAUUGUGAGUUAGGCAUUCAAGUUAAUUUCCAUGUACUUUUGAGCACAUAUGGCUCAACCAAACUACUU